UACACGGGGGAUGUGAUAUAGUUGGAGGGUGUAACCUUAAAAUUUUAGCAGCAUUAUUUUGAAUGGUCAAUGGUGUCACCUGGGUUUUUUCUUAUAUGUAUGCUCCAUUCUUUGAUGGCCUUAGCCUGUGGAGCUCUAAUGAUGUUUUAUAGCAAUGAGGUGUUUGUUUUUAGUCAUGGUAAAGAACAUGCCAGCAAGCUUAUGGGUUCAACACCCCAUGAUCAGCUGUUAAUCCGAACAUCAGACUCGUUUUCGGGUUUGCUUUUGUUUGCCAUUGGGUUUCUCUUGUUCAUGGUGGCAUUUGUGAAGGACAGAGAAUUUCAUAGCUUCUUUGCCAAGGGCUGUGUCCUUCUCCAUGUAGCAAUGGCUAUUUGGAGAAUCUACUUUGAAAGGAAGGUCGAAGAUCUAGGCCGCGAUUGGCUUAGGCUUGUAGUUGGGGAUAUUGCAUUGGGAAUUUCUUGGGUUUUCUUUCUUGUGUAUUCAUGGAGAGAAAAGUAUGAUUGAUGAUCGAUCUCAGUUAUAGAAAUAUGGAUCUUCGAUUUUUGCUUGGCGUUAAGGUGUCAAAAUAUGUCAUAAAUAUUCGAAUUCUGACUGAUUCAAAUUGGUCGAAUGGAUUAGAUUCUCUAUUCAAAAGAGGAGUAAAGUUGGAAAUGGAGAAUUGAUUGAAAUCAAGCCAAGCAUAUGGUUAGCUCGGGAAGCAUUACGCUCUGGUUUUGAUUCAGCAAAAAAGGUUAACAUUUCUCAGAUAGAUCUUGUAUACUCUUGAAACUUUGAUUCGAUCAUGAAAAAGCAUCCUUAUUUCCCUUUUUUGUCUUUCGUGUAUAAUUAUUUCCUUGUUAUCUUGUUAGAGAGAAUCUUUGCUGUAAAAACUUCUCAAAAGAGCAAUGAAAUGUGAGAUAUUCACUCUUGAUCUCGA